AUGCAGUCGGAGCGCAGGAGUCGUGUGUGUAUCGUGGUCCUGGAGGAGGUGGAAGAUGACGAUCCCUCCCCUCUGCAUUCCAAAGCUGCCCCGGACCACAUUUCCCAGAAUUCCUCUCAGGACGAGAAGCCCUCUCUGAUUAAAGCCAUAUUUAACGGCGACGCAGAUGAAGUUCGCUCUCUCAUAUUCAAGAAAGAAGACGUCAACGUACAGGACUGUGAGAAGAGAACGCCGCUUCACGCUGCUGCUUACCUGGGCAACACUGAGAUCCUAGAGCUGCUCGUCCUGUCAGGGGCGAGAGUGAAUGCCAAAGAUAAUAAAUGGCUCACUCCUCUUCAUCGGGCCGUGGCGUCCUGUAGUGAGGAAGCAGUCCAGGUGCUGUUGAAACACUCGGCGGAUGUGAACGCGCGGGAUAAGAGCUGGCAGACGCCGCUGCAUGUGGCUGCGUCCCAUAGAGCUGUGCGCUGCGCCGAAGCAUUAGUCCCAUUGUUAAGCAACGUCAAUGUGUCGGACCGCGCCGGACGCACGCCUCUACACCACGCGGCCUUCAGCGGACACCUGGAGAUGGUUCAGCUGCUGGUGUCCAGAGGCGCAAACGUCAAUGCAUUUGAUAAGAAGGACAGACGAGCCGUUCACUGGGCCGCAUACAUGGGUCACCUGGAGGUCAUGAAGUUCCUGGUGUCUCACGGCGCUGAGGUUUGCUGUAAGGAUAAGAGAUCGUACAGUCCUCUUCACGCCGCUGCCUCCAGUGGAAUGAUCAACGUCGUCAAAUACCUGCUCCAUCUGGGCGUUGAUAUUAAGGAACCGAACGCGUACGGAAACUCUGCUCUGCACCUGGCGUGUUUUAACGGGCAGGACGUGGUGGUGAAUGAGCUGAUCGAAGCAGGAGCUGAUGUCAAUCAGGUGAAUGAGAAGGGCUUCUCCCCGCUGCACUUCGCCGCCGCGUCCCGCCAGGGGGCGCUCUGUCUCCAGCUGCUCCUCGCCAACAGAGCCAACAUCAACAGCAAGAGUAAAGAUGGUAAGACUCCUCUCCACAUGGCAGCCAUUCACGGGCGAUACUCCAGAUCGCAGGCCAUCAUUCAGAACGGCGCAGAGAUCGACAGCGAGGAUGAGAAUGGAAACUCUCCGCUUCAUAUAGCGGCUCGAUACGGUCACGAGCUGCUCAUCAACACGCUCAUAACCAACGGUGCGGACACGGCCAAGCGGGGCGUCCACGGAAUGUUUCCGCUGCAUCUGGCGGCUCUGAGCGGAUUUUCAGACUGCUGUCGAAAACUGCUCUCCUCAGGUUUUGACGUCGACACGCCGGAUGACUUUGGCAGGACCUGUUUGCAUGCGGCCGCUGCAGGAGGGAAUCUGGAGUGUUUAAAUCUGUUGCUCAACAUGGAUGCUGACUUUAAUAGGAAAGACAGAUUUGGGAGGACGCCGCUUCAUUACGCUGCUGCUAACUGUAACUAUCAGUGUGUGUUUGCUCUGGUGGGCUCCGGGGCCAGUGUGAACGAGCGGGACGUCAGGGGCUGCGGUCCUCUGCACUACACCGCUGCUGCAGACUCAGACGGCAAGUGUCUGGAGUAUCUGUUGAGGAAUGAUGCAAAUCCAGCUCUCAGGGAUAAAGACGGAUACAGCGCUGUACACUACGCUUCAGCGUACGGCCACCGAGUGUGUCUGGAGCUGAUCGCCAAUGAAACGCCGUUAGACGUGCUGAUGGACUCGUCUGCAUCAAGCAUCGUACACGACACAGACGUCCAGCCUCCCAUCAGCCCUUUACACCUAGCCGCGUAUCACGGUCACCAUCAGGCUCUGGAGGUUCUGGUGCAGUCUCUGCUGGAUCUGGACGUGAGGACGCCUCAGGGUCACACAGCUCUGAGUCUGGCAGCGUUUAAGGGUCACGCGGAGUGUGUGGAUCUACUGAUCAGUCAGGGCGCAUCCAUGAUGCUGAAGGACUACACACACAAGAGGAGCGCCGUACACUCCGCAGCCAUGAACGGUCACUCUGAGUGUCUGCGUCUGCUCAUCCACAACAGUGACCAGCAGACGGCCGUCAACAUCCGUGAUCGGAAGGGACAGACUCCUCUGAUGUUGGCGGUUCUGGGUGGACACACAGAUUGUGUGUAUCUUCUGUUGAGUGAAGGAGCCAGUGUGGAGGCCAGAGAUAAAUGGGGCAGGACGGCCCUCCACCGCGGGGCAGUGAUGGGUCAGGAGGCCUGUGUGGAGGCUCUGUUGCAGCACGGCUCCGGUCUGCUGGUUCAGGACAGCAGGGGGCGCUCUCCUGUGCACCUGGCGGCUGCCUGUGGUCAUGUGGGGGUUCUGAGGGCCCUUCUGAAAACCCAGAAGACCGUCCUCGUCCUCAAGGACAACUGUGGUUAUACACCGCUGCACUGGGCCUGUUAUAAUGGUCAUGACGCGUGUGUUGAGCUGCUCUUGGAGCACGAUGUGUUUCAGAAGCCGGAGGGAAACUCCUUCAGUCCGCUGCACUGCGCUGUUAUUAAUGAUAACGAGUCUGCGGCUGAGCUGCUGAUAGAAACUUUAGGUCCAGCGAUUGUGAACGCCACAGACUCACAGAGCAGGACACCGCUUCACGCCGCGGCGUACACCGAUCACGUGGAGUGUGUGCAGCUGCUGCUGGCUCACAACGCUCAGGUCAACGCCAUCGACACGCUGGGAAAAACAGCGCUCAUGAUGGCCGCUGAGAACGGACAGACUAACACCGUCGAGGUGCUGGUGAGCAGUGCUAAAGCUGAUUUGACAUUACAGGACGCUCACAGAAACACAGCUCUGCAUCUGGCCUGCAGUAAGGGACAUGAAACCAGUGCCUUGUUAAUUCUGGAGAAGGUGAUGGACAGAAACCUGAUCAACUGCACAAACGCAGCGCUGCAGACGCCGCUGCACAUCGCUGCUGCUAACGGUCUGACGGUGGUCGUACAGGAGCUGCUGGGUAAAGGAGCCAGUGUCCUCGCCGUGGAUGAGAAUGGUUACACUCCAGCUUUGGCUUGUGCUCCGAACAAGGACGUUGCCGACUGUUUGGCGCUGAUACUCUCCUCCAUGAUGCCCAUCUCUCCCAGCAGCACCCGCACCAUGUCGAGCCUCACCUUUAACACCAUCAACCACUACUCAAGCUUAUCUAAGACUGUGACCUUUGACCCGUUACCGGUGCUGCGCUCCGAGCAUGUCUCCUACUGCAAGUUCAACAGCCUGGGCAGCGAGGACAGCCUCAUCAUCCCAGAUGACGAACUCAAUGAUUCAGACUCAGAAACAUACUGA